AUGCGUGUACCACCGAGUCCCACAGCAAUGCUGGUAGGCACUGCAAUAAUUGCAGGUCUCAGUGGAUACAUGAUAGGAAUAGCCUCCAGCCUUGGAUUUUUCCCCAUCCCAUUUAUGCCCAAGCCAGCGAGGGAACGAGGAAUUGCCAAUUACGACGACGAGGAAGAGAGCGAGGAAGAGGAUAUCGACGCAUCCAUAUUAGAUCAUGCGCCAAACUGGGCAAAUGGGCUUGAGGCUGAUAAAAAAGAUGGAUUGAGAGUGAUGGAAAGAAAUGUCGCCAAAAAGAAUGAGAAGAAGAAGAGUAAGGGUGGACUUGUGGAUAAGGAGGAAGAAUGUAAAUUGGUGUUGGUUGUGAGAACAGAUUUAGGAAUGACGAAAGGAAAAAUUGCAGCACAAUGUUCCCACGCAACCCUCGCCUGCUACAAAACCAUCUCCCGGAAAGAUCCCAAUUCUUCAAUUCUCCGACGCUGGGAACGAGAAGGUCAAGCAAAGGUCGCGCUACAAGUAAAAUCGGAAGAUGAAUUGGACAUUCUUCAAGCACAGGCUAUUAGUUUGGGAGUUGUGGCUGAGCAGAUUGCGGAUGCGGGGAGAACCCAGAUCGAGAGUGGGAGCCAUACAGUAUUGGGGAUUGGACCGGCCCCAAAGAGCAUUAUUGAUCAGAUUACUGGGAAGUUGAAGCUGUUGUAG